AUGCAAAGAGUGGGGCAAAAAGAUUUGCCUCGUCUUCUGCCAGCGUGCCGUCUAGUCUCAGCAGAGGUGGCAUAUAUGGGCGACAAAAAUUGGAUCGUGCUCGCGCCACCGAAACGCCGCCGCCGCCGACACGUUUUCUUCGGCGCGCCGUCGCCGGGAUUCCCGAACUCCCCGGAAAAGGCCACCUGGAUCUCCCCUCCAGUCACCAACCGGCAAGAAGGAGCCUUUGACGUUGGGUUAUCAUGCUGGGCGAUCGCGGUGCUAACGAGUACAAUCAUAGCUUGUAUCCUUGUAUUCACAGCAUAUCAGUGGUACGCAAGAAAUCCUAUUAUUACCGUGAUAGAGAGCACUCAAGGUGCCAUUUGGGAUAUUCCGUUCCCCGCCGUGACUGUGUGCAAUCUGAAUAUAAUCUCGAAGAGGGCUGCCCGCGCUUUAAUCAGCAACGUUACAUUACCAGCGAACAUGACAGCAGACAACAUGUUUGCGGUGCUGCGGCUGGUGCCAAUGCUGCAUUUCACCUCUAAGAUAUCCCCACAGCAGUUACAGCAAUUACGCAGUCUUCAAACUGUAUUGGAUCUGAACAACCUAUCUGUGGAAAUGCUCUUUAGAAAUCUUUCAUCUGCGGCAUCUUGCAAUGAUCUUCUGGAGAGAUGCAUGUGGAAGAAUACCUUGUACCGUUGUGACUUGCUUUUCCAGCAAGUAUUUACCUACUUCAGCCUGUGCUGCACCUUCAACUACUUUGGCGUUGAAUCUAGUAAAAUGGUUCGGGAAGCGUUUCAAGCGGAGAUGCCGCGACGAGUGGCGUCGUGUGGUUACCAGACUGCCCUUACCAUCCUUGUCAACCCUAACGUUGAAGACUACUACAGUGCAGCCAUCGCUUCACAAGGAACUCUAGUAUUCAUCGACAAUGCGUACAACGUGCCGGACAUUGAUUCUCCUGUCCGAUUGGUGAAUCCGUCUACAGAAGUCCUCAUCGCUUUGUCUCCAGAGAGGACAUACUCUACUCCCGGCGUAAAGUGGUUUACGCCUGAAGAACGGCAAUGCUAUUACAACGACGAGGUGAAGCUAGGCACAUUACGGCAAUACUCGUUCCACAACUGCGUUGUGUACCAGCGCAUCGAAAUUGUGCAGACGGUUUGUGGAUGCAUCCCGUAUUACUUCCCAGUGAAAGAUUUCUAUCGGACUUGCAACUUCAAUGACAUUGAUUGUCUCCAAUCUCUUAUAGGUGUACAUGUUAAUGUGCAAAGUGAAUUCACAAAUCGUUGCCUGCCCGAAUGCGAGCAUUACAGCUAUCCUCUUGAGGUAGCACUGGGAAAACUGGCGAAAAAUGUGCGUCUAGAAGGACAAACAUUUUUUCGUAAUAUAAAUCUGGAGAAUAGAAGCGUGAUAAAUGUGUUUUUUAACGAUCUUGUCUCUACGCGAUACCGCCGUGACGUAUAUUUGAACUGGCAAAAUCUUCUAGCGUCUUUCGGUGGUCUUCUUAGUCUCUUGCUUGGCUUCACGCUCAUCGCCGGAUUCGACCUGAUAAUUUUUUUCUUCUUUGGCGUCGUCUACAGUUCUGACAUUUGUUUCAACAAGGAUAAAGCGAAAAAUGAACGACUUGAUAAUAAUAUUAGUAUGGGUUCUAAAGGUAACAAGAUAUAUGUCCAAGAAUUUCGUUCUAAUUUUGCCGGGAAAGCAGCAAAACACGGUAAAUGGUAAAAGGAUAUUAGAUUUUAAAUACAGUUAGUCAGAGUCGGUAUAAAAAACGCUCACCAUUUUG